AUGGCACCGCUCCGGUCCGCCCGCCCGCCCGCCCGCGUGUGCGGAGCCGAGCCGGCUGGGGCGCGCGCGCUUGCGCUCCCGCGCGUGGCGCCGGCGUCUCUUUGUUUGGUGGCGGCGUCCGCCGCCUUCGGCUUCCCGGGGCUCGGCCCGCGGUGCCCCGGGCGGCCCGGCGUCGGCGGCGGCGGGGCGGAGCGCGGGGUUCCCGGCGCCGGGAAGGCGGAGCCGCCGCGUGGGGCCGGCGGGGAGCGGGGCCCCGAGCCCGCGUGCCGGCGCCCGAGGGGGCGGCACGCGCGCCCCUCCGCACACGUGGCUUCCUCCCUCAGAGGGAGACGAGGGCUGCGCGGGGCGCUUAGGAAAAACUUGCCUUUGUUCUCCCCGGGCGCGGAGCGGGCGUGCGGAGGGGUCGCGGUCGGCGCCCUCGGGCCGGAGACGCGGCGCGCGCGUCCGAGCGGCCAGGUCGGCACUCAGCGCGCGGGGAGCGGACGCGCCUUCCGCGGCGACGGGGCGGGCGGGGGCGGGCGGAGGCGGCCGCCGCCGGGGGAGGUGGGCGGCUCCCGCCCCGGCGGACGGUGGGGACCCGGCGUCCCCGGGGGCGGCGACGCGGGACGCGGCGGGGAUGCGCCCGGGGCCGGGGCGCGGGCCGGCAGCUCGAGCCCCCAGGCGGACGCCCCCCCCGUGCCCAGCGCCGGGCCCCCGGGGCCCCCGGGGCGCGCGCCCGCCCGCGGCUGUGGGGAUGCCCCGCGCGCCGGGCUGCCGGUGAGACGCCGCCCCGCGGAGCCGCGGCGCGGGGCCGGCGGCCGCGCGGCGCUGCCGAGCGCCAUGGACGGCCGGGCCGGGCCGCCGGACGCCGUCCGGGAGCGGGGCGAGCCGGGCGCGCCGCCGCGCUCUAAGAGCCUGCCGUCGCUGCACGGCCGCGCCCGCCCCCCGCCGGGCCCCCCGCCGGCCGCGGCCCCCCGGGCCCGGCGCCCGCACGCCGCCCUCACGGACUCGCGCUGCUUCCUGGUGUGCGUGUGCGGCCUGACCUUCAUCCAGGCCCUGAUGGUGUCCGGGUACCUGAGCAGCGUCAUCACCACCAUCGAGCGGCGCUACAGCCUCCGCAGCUCCGAGUCGGGGCUGCUCGUCAGCUGCUUCGACAUCGGGAACCUGGCGGUGGUGGUGUUCGUCAGCUACUUCGGGGGCCGCGGCCGCCGGCCGCUGUGGCUGGCGCUGGGCGGGCUCCUCAUCGCGCUGGGCGCCGCGCUCUUCGCGCUGCCGCACUUCGUGGCGCCCGCCUACCAGGCCCAGGAGCCCAACGCCUCCGCGGCCGCCGACGGCCUGUGCCGCGCCGGCGCCCCCGCCGCCCCCGCCGCCCCCGCGGAGCCCCCGCCCUGCCCCGCCGACUCGGCCGGGAGCGGCCACUGGCUCUACGUGGCCCUGUUCGUGGGCGCGCAGGUCCUCAUCGGAAUGGGCUCCACGCCCAUCUACACCCUGGGACCCACCUACCUAGACGACAACGUCAAGAAAGAAAACGCAUCCCUGUACCUCGCCAUCAUGUAUGUCAUGGGAGCACUUGGCCCUGCAGUUGGAUAUUUAUUAGGUGGACUUCUUAUUGGUUUUUAUGUUGAUCCCAGAAAUCCUGUUCACCUUGACCAGAAUGACCCUCGUUUUAUUGGAAACUGGUGGAGCGGAUUCCUCCUUUGUGCCAUUGCAAUGUUUCUUGUGAUAUUCCCAAUGUUUACUUUUCCAAAAAAGCUUCCACCUCGACACAAGAAAAAGAAGAAAAAAAAAUUUUCUGUUGACAUUGUUAGUGAGGAUGAUGUUAUGAAGGAGAAAUCAAACGCCAGUGAACAAGUGGACAAAAAAGUGUCUUCUAUGGGAUUUGGAAAGAAUGUCAGAGACCUACCAAGAGCAGCUGUCAGGAUCUUAAGCAACAUGACAUUCCUUUUUGUGAGUUUGUCAUACACAGCUGAGAGUGCCAUUGUAACUGCUUUCAUUACCUUCAUUCCCAAGUUCAUCGAGUCACAGUUUGGUAUCCCAGCUUCCAAUGCCAGCAUCUACACUGGUGUCAUUAUUGUCCCCAGUGCUGGAGUUGGUAUUGUCCUGGGAGGCUACAUUAUAAAAAAACUGAAACUUGGUGCAAGAGAAUCAGCAAAACUUGCAAUGAUCUGCAGUGGUGUGUCUUUGCUGUGUUUUUCAACUCUGUUUAUUGUUGGAUGUGAAAGUAUUAAUCUAGGGGGCAUAAAUAUCCCUUACACAACAGGACCCUCUCUGACCAUGCCCCAUAGGAAUCUGACAGGAAGCUGCAAUGUUAAUUGUGGUUGUAAAAUACACGAGUAUGAGCCAGUCUGUGGGUCAGAUGGAAUCACCUACUUUAACCCUUGUCUGGCUGGCUGUGUUAACAGUGGCAAUCUUAGCAGUGGGAUUCGGAAUUACACCGAGUGCACCUGCGUCCAGAGCCGACAGGUGAUCACCCCCCCCACGGGGGGCCAGCUCCGCGUGGUCAUCGUGAAGACCUACCUCCACGAGCACGGCCACGCCGUGUCCGGGAAGUGCAAGCGCACCUGCAACACCCUCAUCCCCUUCCUGGCCUUCCUGUUCAUCGUCACCUUCAUCACGGCCUGCGCCCAGCCCUCGGCCAUCAUAGUGACGCUCAGGUCUGUGGAAGAUGAAGAGAGACCUUUUGCCCUGGGAAUGCAGUUUGUGUUGUUACGAACACUCGCGUACAUCCCUACUCCGAUUUACUUCGGGGCGGUCAUCGACACCACCUGCAUGCUGUGGCAGCAGGAGUGCGGCGUGCGGGGCUCCUGCUGGGAGUACAACGUGACGUCCUUCCGCUUCGUCUACUUCGGCCUGGCGGCUGGCCUCAAGUUUGUCGGCUUCGUUUUCAUCUUCCUGGCCUGGUACUCUAUCAGAUGCAAAGAAGACGGGCUGCGGCGGCGGCGGUGCCGGGAGUUCCCUCUGUGCACGGUGAGCGAGCUCGUGGGGCGGCCCGACGGUGCCGAGAAGCACGCCCGGACUACCUCGUGCCCCGCGUUCAGCACCCACGGGGAAGUCCACCAGGAGGCCCGUCUGCGGAAAGGGAUUCCCUGCGCAGCACAGACCUACCCAGGUCCCUUCCCAGAAGCAAUAAGCCCCUCUGCAGACCCCGGGCUGGAAGACGGCCCCGCUGUCCUGUAGCAUCUUUCCUGAAUCUUGAAAAACAGAAGACUUGGUUUUGUUGGCCGAGUUGAACGUGGCGACUCGAGAAACAUCUGUGCCUUCUUUUAUUUCCCUUUUUAAACAAACCUCUAUAGACAUCAUCCUUGAACCAACAAAACUCAGCAUACACAGCCACUACUGCGUGAGGGCUGCAUACCUCAACGAGGCUGAGAGCCCGCCCCCUCUUCUCCCCUAGGAGGAGGCUAGAUAGGUUUGUGACCAUGUUUUGCUAUGUUCGCUUCGUGCGCGCUCACGCUCCUGUCGGGUAGAAGGCUGAGGUCCUCGGGGGGAGCCAUGGUCGUGCUUAUCAUUAGCACACACCCCCAUCAAAGGUGAGCUUGGCCAGGACUUUGCAUUUGCCAGUCCAGGUGUUUAGGUAGAGCGCCUUCCUUGAGUUCUGCCACAAAGCACAAAUGAGUUUGCCUCAACUAUGCAAUUUGAUUGGAAAAAUAAGUGCAGCAUGUAUGUUGCUUUUGCUUUUGGAGAACUAAGCGGAUAGGGUUUUGAAAAGUGGAAGCUCAGCACGCCCCGAUGCACCGUUAAUAGCAUGUUAAGCCAUAGCAGAGUUAUCAAGCAGAUAGAAUUUUUCAAAUGCUUCAAUGACAGGAACAGCUACAUCAUUUCAUAAAACAAAUUCUCUUUUACCUGCCUUCCCUGUUAUAAGGUAGCUAAAAGAGUUUGCUCAAUCAUAUAUCCGAUAGCUUGAACAGAAACAGCAGUAUUCUUUCAUAAGAGGCUUUAAAACUAGUGUGCUAAACAAUAUGGCUAGCAAAUGUACUUUGAGAUGAAUAAUAAGAAAAGAAAUAGAUGGCUUUCUCAUCCAAAGAAAUUGCUGUUGGAACUCUUUUUAGUUCUUAUAGGCCCACUAAAAGUAGUUAAGAAUUGUAAUUUUGAUAUUCAGAGUAGUUGAGAGAGAAAUUCCAGGCGUGAGAACAAGUCUCACCUGAGCAUUUUAGUUGUCUCUUUAAAGCACUGGCAAAUCUGUAUUCUUUUCUUUUUUCCUGGGGUUGCUUCAGUGAAUGAGUAAUUAAGUUAUGGAAGCUGUACCUGGGCUAUGAGAACCACUUUCAGUACAGCAAGAGGGAGACGUGUGAGCUUGGAACUCGAAUCGGAUCUGACUUGUAGCGAUGAUUAACCAUUAUCUAAGACAGAACAUUCUACCCCACUCUCUUCUCCUUCUGUCCCGCCUCUUGUAUCCUUGCUGUGAUAAUUCUGAGAGGAGCUUUUUUCCCCCCAUCCCUAGCUGCACUUUGGGUUCACUGUUCAGCCUUCUUUUACGAGCCUCCCACGGUACCACGCUGACAGAGGCACCACCUGGGAUGCUUUCUCUCUACACGUUUUUCUGAAGCCGUGAUAGGCUGGCAGACGGUAACUCGUGGAUCUGGCUGUUGGGGACCGAGAGGGCCCCCUAUACCCAUGGAGUUUGGGGCUGUUCCUGCCAAGGGUCCCAUGCUUCAGAAGGGCUAACCCUGGGAAACGGGUUCUACUCUUCCACAGAACAGAGUAAUUGCCAGAUCAACACACGCUUUGGGCUUUGGGGACUCCAUGCUUGCUUCACUGUGCAGGUCGAAUUCUGUGGGUAUCCCUGGGGAGAUGGUUGCUUUCCUUUCUCUCCAGGAAUCACACUGGCCACGUGAUUCUCUCGGUUAUUUGCAGUUUGUGCAGACUACCGCUGUUAGAUUAAAUAAUAUCCACAAGGGGUGGGGCUAGUAUCACAGAUAACAGGGCUCUUCUGUGGGCUCCUGAGCUUGGCUGUCAUAGAGAUGAGGAAUAUUGGCCGGCUAGAAUUGUAACUACAGUGAUACUUGUUAAGCCUUGGUCAAUGUAGGUGUGAGGGAAUGUUGCCGAUUUACCUAGAGUCUGUUCACGUGUCUUCUUUGCCCUUGGUGGGAGACCUUGAGCCUUUAGAAAGGAAGGUUUCCUUUGGCUUUGGAGCUUGUGAUGUUCACAAUGGGGAGGGAGGUCUUUCUUUUUUUCUAAUCCCUGAGAUUCUGCAUUAGGAAACUCUUGGUGGGGUGGCUUUGUGUUUGGUGCUAAGGUUGUUGGACUCACCUCUUAGCCCUGCACCCCUUUCUCUCCCCUGAGUGGCCAUUUGGUUCAGCAAUCACUGACUGAGCACCAGUUAUCUGUGAGGUCCAUGAAAGCUUUUGGGAUGAUUAAGCCAGAACUAAACAGAAUUGGCUUCAAACGGGUGCCACAAAGUUAUUAUUGUACUUCGUGACACUGACAGGUAGCAGGGGUAUCAUGAAUGUGGUGUUGGUGACUAUAGAGUUUUAAGUAGUAAUAGUCAGGUUGGGAUGAAGUUGUAGAAUUUGUACCAGUUAAGAAUUGUUUCCAAAAUGCUUUAGGCUCUGGUAGCAUCAUUGGAAUAUUAUGUAGCCAACUAAGUGACUGUUUCAUAGAUGAUACCAUUUAAUGUUCUUAUAUGGCUUUCUGUGUUUGUGAACUACUUGGCCAUGUUAUUUUAUAGUCAUGGCUCAUAUUAGAAGUUGUAAUUGCCACCAGCCACAUACAUAAGCUACAAAUGAACUUGUUUUGGCAAAAAGUAAAUCUUGUUUCUUCAUCGUGUCUGUAAAUUAAUGUAUUAUUUGGUUUUAAUAUGCAAUAUCACACCCUUGUGUUCAGCUCAUUAAUUGAGAAACUUGCCAGGGUAUAGAGUCUGCAGUUGGCACAGUUCUUUUAGUUAUCUUGAUUAGGAUGAAAUCCUCAUCCCUUCUAGGUAGAGUUAAUUCUUGAGUACAGUCAGAAGUCAUUUAGAAUCACAGUGUUGGGGAUAGUGAGUAAGGAAGAGCCGUAAGCAAACAAAUGAGUAUUUGUGGAGUGUUGACUGAAGAGUAUUUUGUCGGACACUAUGAUUAUUCAUUUUAAUAACUUGCAGUGACUUUUUUUUGGUGGUGCUGGGAUUGAACUCAGGGCCUUGCACAUGCUAAGCAUGUUCCACUAGUGAAACACAUUUAUAGCCUCCCUUCUCCCCCCAUUUAAAAAACAACAACACAUGAACUUGAAGCAAAGAGGUGGUAAAGUCACUUAGGGUUGUACAGAGAGGCAGAGACAGAGUAUAGAUAUAGAUUUCUUUGAUUGCAUUGUUCACAUCUUACAUUAUAUCGUGCAGACAAGUUUUCAGUUAACCAUGGCAAGAUGUGACUAUAGAAUAGGUCUGUGCAUUUCACUUGUAGAUGCAUUAUGACUGCUGAAGGAUGGAAACAUCUUCAUUUAUUCCUUUGUGCAAAUAGGAGAAAUACUCUAGGAAAUUCAUGUAGGAGCCACUAACAUUUAAUAUUUUACUAGAUUUUCAAAGUAAAUUUUCUUUAGCUAAGUAGUAACAUUCUCAUAUCAUAGCUCAAGGAUUUAUAAUUGAUAUUCCACCUGGAAUGCAUCCAAUUUCCAUGUAAACAUCAGAUCCCAGCAGUUUCUUAAUUUUUAAAAAUUUAAAUAGUUGCACAAAGGGGGUUAGAUUAAACAUAUCAGUUGAUGAGUCCAGUAGCCAGCAGAAUUGUUGAAUCUGAGCUCUAAGGAUUUCUUUUUUGUUCUUUCAGAAUAUUACCAUUCUCAAUAAGUGUUUUGGUGAAUCUGAGGUUUGAGACUCCUAAUUUAGACUUCCAGCGAGCAUACGGAAGCCACGCUGGGUACUUUACUGUCCCUGCCGUGCAGUCAGGGUGUUGCUUGGAGCUGCUCUGGCGGGUGACAGCUCUCCUCCAUUUCCCCCAACCACUAAGAAGGCCUUUCUUGAGAGAGAGGUUGAAUUGGGAGCCUUUAUUAGAGAGCUGGCUACUGCAGGUGGGCUUCUAUCUCAAAAGGCUGCAGCCUGGAAUUUUGCCCGAAUCAAGUAUUUAAAGAGAAAAACCACAUGUUGGAGGCAGAGAUCUGAAUCCCCACAGGAACAGACCCUAUAGGGUGGUAGCUUAGACUUUCCAUAACGAGGGGCGUAGAUGCCUCCAAGUCUCCAUUUAGGGAGAGGCAAGCAAAGCCGACCGUUUAGCAGAAACCCAAGGCUGCCAUGCGCUGUAGCAAAAGCUUUCCUAGGGCGACCCAGCAUGGCGUCUGCAUACUCUCUGAAGCAAGGCUCUCCUAGCUUCCCCAGAGCUAUCCGCAGCACAGUGGGCGGCCUCUCUCCGCUACAGAAGGUCCUUCAGUCCACCCUUCCAGCCAGUAGUUUUUGGUAGACUUGGAGCCGGAAAGUUUCUUUCCUUCUUCCUGCCCUCCUGCCUGCCUUUCUUUUUCU